AGCGCCGUUUAAAUGCGCCGAGGGACAGUGGGAGUGUGUAGUCGGCGGCUCUGGAUUCGACGCGGCAGACGCAGAAGCAUCACUUCCGAACGGGAAACUUACGAGCCGUUUUUUCUCCCAGAAAAGGUCCUUUUUCGAAAGCUUGAAGCCAUGUGCGGGAUCUUUGCCUACCUGAACUACCAAGUGCCUCGCACCAGAAGGGAGAUAUUGGAGACGCUGGUGAAGGGACUGCAGAGGCUGGAGUACAGAGGGUACGAUUCAGCAGGUAUCGCUGUGGACGGCCCUGACAAGACGGCCACUGACAUCAACAGUAACACCAUCUGCUUGAUCAAGAAGAUGGGGAAGGUCAAGGCCCUGGAUGAGGAGCUACACAAAAAAGACACGCUGGAUCUGGACGCGGAGCUGUGCAAACAUUUUGGCAUCGCUCACACUCGCUGGGCCACACAUGGAGAGCCGAGUGCUGUCAACAGCCACCCUCAUCGCUCUGACAAGGAAAAUGAGUUUGUUGUUAUCCACAAUGGCAUCAUCACUAACUACAAAGAGCUGAAGGCGUACCUGAUCACCAAAGGAUAUGAGUUUGAGUCAGAGACGGACACAGAGGUGAUCCCGAAGUUGAUCAAAUAUGUUUACGACAACCGGGAGAGUGACAGCGUCACCUUCUCCACGCUGGUGGAGAGAGUCAUUCAGCAGCUGGAGGGGGCCUUCGCUCUGGUGUUUAAAAGCCGUCAUUUCCCCGGAGACGCUGUGUCCACCAGGAGAGGAAGUCCAUUGCUCAUUGGUGUGCGAAGCGAGGCCGAGCUGUCGACCGAGCAGAUCCCUGUCCAGUACAACAGUGGUCGCCUAAAGGAGGGAGUCCAGGAGAAGAACAGCCAUAACCGUCCUGACUGUUCAAACGACUCAGUGGGGGAUGGGAGUGCUGUGGAGUAUUACUUUGCCUCUGACGCCAGCGCCAUCAUUGAGCACACCAACAAGGUGUUGUACCUGGAGGAUAAUGACAUUGCAGCGGUGACCAAAGGGAAACUCUCCAUCCACAGGCUGAACAAGAAGGCCGGUGACGAUCCUGUAAGGGCAAUCCAGACCCUGCAGAUGGAGCUGCAACAGAUCAUGAAAGGAAACUUUGAUGCCUUCAUGCAGAAGGAGAUCUUUGAGCAGCCGGAGUCAGUAGUCAACACCAUGAGAGGCCGAAUUUGUUUUGAUUCCAACAAAGUGGUUCUUGGUGGGCUGAAGGACCACAUGAAAGAAAUCAAACGCUGCAGACGGCUGAUCAUGAUUGGCUGUGGCACCAGCUUCCACGCUGCAGUGGGAACCAGACAGAUCCUGGAGGAGCUGACGGAGCUGCCUGUCAUGGUGGAGCUGGCAAGUGACUUCCUAGACCGUAACACCCCUGUGUUCAGAGACGAUGUUUGCUUCUUCAUCAGCCAGUCAGGAGAGACAGCAGACACCUUGAUGGCACUGCGCUACUGCAAGGACCAUGGUGCUUUGAUAGUUGGUAUAACCAACACUGUGGGCAGCUCCAUCUGUAGAGAAACUACCUGCGGAGUCCACAUCAAUGCUGGGCCUGAGAUAGGAGUGGCAAGCACCAAGGCCUACACGAGUCAGUUUGUGGCCCUCAUCAUGUUUGGCCUGAUGGUGAGUGAGGACAGGCUAUCCCUACAGAGGAGAAGACUGGAGAUCAUGAGUGGCCUCAAGGUGCUACCUGAGCUGAUUAAGAAUGUGUUGUCUCUGGAUGAGAAGAUAAAGACCAUUGCCAGUGAACUGUAUAAGCAAAAGUCCCUCCUGGUCAUGGGCCGAGGUUUCAACUAUGCCACCUGUCUUGAGGGGGCGCUGAAAAUCAAGGAGAUCACGUACAUGCACUCAGAGGGCAUCCUGGCCGGGGAGCUGAAACACGGUCCUCUGGCACUCAUCGACAAAAACAUGCCAGUCAUCAUGAUCAUCAUGAGAGACGCCUGCUACAUUAAGUGCCAGAAUGCUCUGCAGCAGGUCACUGCCAGAUCGGGUCGGCCCAUCAUCCUGUGUUGCCAAGACGACCCUGAGGUUACUAAGAAUGCCUACCAGACAAUUGAGCUGCCACACACUGUGGACUGUCUGCAGGGCAUCCUCUGUGUCAUCCCCCUGCAGCUCCUGUCAUUCCACUUGGCCGUCAUGCGGGGAUAUGAUGUUGACUGUCCCAGGAACUUGGCCAAGUCUGUGACUGUGGAAUAAAUGCAGUUCCACAAACACCACCGGGGAGAGAGGAGGCUCAUAGAUUUACAGUGCAAUCAUACAAUUGAACGUUCAGUCUGUUUGUGUGUGUGCGCAUGUGUAUGUGUUUGGGUGAGUUGCAGGAUUGAGAGGAAGUAGGGCCUGUGUGUGUGUGUGUGUGUGUGUGUGUGUGGAUGAGGGUAUGAAUGAGUGAAUGUGACAAAAGCAAGAUGGUGGCAUAUGGUACAGUAAAAAAAAUAGAGAGAAAUGUGAAUCUGACCAAUACACUGCUGAGGAAGUGCCAGUGCCAUUGAAGCCUUGCGGAACAAUCUAUGAAAACUUAACUAUCAAAUAUCCAAAGCAACAUCCUAUGCCUUUUUUCUCAUCUCAAAUUGAGCCAAAAACAAAAGGUAUAUUGAAGUGAUUACACUUGUGCAAUAGUGGGACCAAACGUGCAUUAUGAAUGUACACAAUCAUGAAUGUGGUGAUUCAUCAUCUCUUUCUGUUUUCCGAAUAUCUUGUGUCCAUUGGGAGCUUCUCAAAUAUUUGUUGCACAAAGGGAAAUGUAGGAAUUUCAGUUUUAUUCCAGAGGGAUCUCUGAGUUGUGAUAAACAGAUUUUUAUGUAUCUUGUUGCACACUCAUGCAGUCACUGUGCCUGGUGGGAUAUUAACCCAUAACUUAAGUCAUUCUUAUCAGAAGCUCCCAGAAGUAAGUUCCUCUCUCUGUCUUUUGAUUGAUUCUUGAUUCUUUUCAUAUAUUUAUGCUUCAUGUUUUUUAUUUCAUUUUAAUUUAAAUAUAUUGAAUGUCUGGUUUGUUUAACAGAAUUGCAGUUUCCAAAUUCAGUUCAUGGUUAAACCAGACCUUCUUUAUACAGGGUGGAGCAUUUCCAUUAUGGCAUUCAUAAUUAUUUAAUGAGCAUUCUGGCAGCAAAAAAAAAAUGUUUUUAUGACCUUUAAUACUUUUGUUUUGAAAGCCAUCUCUAUGGGUUUAUAUUAAUGAUAAUAUUCUGUAUUUAUCUGAUUUUUAUUUUAUAGGGCCUAAAGAGAGGGUUUGAUUUAUAUCUAUAACUAUGAUUGUAUUUUAUACUGUAUGUUUUUGUAGACAUAAAAAGACACUAUCAAUCAAUAUAAA